AACUCGUUUCGCAUGUGUUGUGUGCUGAUAUUGUGCUUUCUUGCUCACUCGCCAUUUCCUCUCUUUGUCUUUGAUUAAGAGGGCAGCAGUGGACGUACCUAAAUUAAUACGGUAAAGUAAUACGUUAAAGAAGCAAGAUGCAGCAUGACGAUGUCGUGUGGAGUGUUAUCAACAAAUCUUUUUGUUCCUUUAAAGUAAACACCAAAACACAGCGAUUUUGUCGAAAUGAAUAUAACCUUACAGGUUUAUGUAGCAGGGCAUCUUGCCCCCUUGCAAAUAGUCAGUACGCUACAGUACGGGAAGAAAAUGGCAUUAUUUACUUGUACAUGAGGACUGCGGAAAGAGUACAUUUUCCAAAAAAUGCUUGGGAGAAAAUCAAGCUUUCUAGAAAUUUUGAAAAAGCUAUACUUCAAAUCAAUGAAAAUUUGUUAUAUUGGCCAGGUUUUAUAAAAGCGAAAUGCAAACAAAGAUUUGUGAAAAUUACACAAUACCUGAUACGUAUGAGAAAAUUAAGAUUACGAAGACAAAAACAAAUUGUACCAAUACAAAGGAAAAUUGAAAGAAGAGAAAGACGGAGAGAAGAAAAGGCUCUGGUUGCUGCAAGAUUGGAAACAGCAAUAGAGAAACAACUUAUGGAAAGGUUGAAGCAAGGCAUGUAUAAUGAUAUUUACAAUUUUCCACAAAAAGUAUUUGAUAAAGCUGUGGAAGCUGUUGAAGUUGAAGGCGAAAGCGAAGCUGAAAGCGAGCAGGAAGAAGAAAGAGAAGAAGCAAUUGAGAAGGAAGUAGAAAUGGAAUUAGAAGCAGACGAGAAAAGAAAAGAAACCAACGAACCACAUUAUGUGGAAGCAGAAAGUGAUGAAGAUGAUGAUUUUGAUGUCGAUGAAUUAUCUAUAGGUGAGGAUAGCGAUUCAGGACGCAAAGAAGAAGUUGAAUUGUCCAGUGAUUUUGAAUCUGAUGCAAGCGAUGUUGAAGAUAUGCUACCUUCAACCAGUAAGAAAACAAAAUCAGCAAAGGUCACAAAGAAGGGUAAAACUCAAAAGAAAGCUCGUCCGAAAGUUGAAAUUGAAUACGAAGUUGAAGACGACCUGCGACAGAAAGAACGAACGUGAUACUUAUUUUAAUUAGAUUAAUUGCAAUUGUAUUUUAAAUAAAAUACUAUUUCUACAAUACUAAAAAAUUCGUGUUACUUA